AUGGGGAGAGUCAUUCUCAUCAAUGCACCUGUCGAUGGUGGGGAUGACAGUGAAGACAUCCACACAAUUACUGUGGACAAAAGUGAGGAUGGCAGGCUGGGCUUCAGUGUGCGGGGAGGCUCUGAACACGGCCUGGGAAUCUUUGUCAGCAAGGUGGAGGAUGACAGCUCUGCAGAGUUGGCAGGCUUGUGUGUUGGAGAUAAGCUGGUCGAGGUGAAUGGCAUAAGUCUGGAGAGCAUCACCAUGAGCAGUGCCGUAAAAAUCCUGACAGGAAAUAAUCGUCUGCGCAUGGUGGUAAGACGUGUGGGGAAGGUGCCAGGUAUCCGCUACUCGAAAGAGAAGACUACAUGGGUAGAUCUAAUCCACCGAAGGAUGGUAGUGGAAGAAAGUGGUCGCACACCUUCAGAGGCCAGUUCAGAUGGAGCCCUGCGCAGAAUAGUGCACCUUUACACAACCUCAGAUGACUACUGCCUGGGCUUCAACAUCCGCGGUGGCAAAGAGUUUGGCCUGGGCAUCUAUGUCUCAAAGCUGGACCCUGGUGGCCUGGCAGAGCAAAAUGGAAUUAAAAUGGGGGAUCAGAUUCUGGCAGCCAAUGGAGUGAGUUUUGAGGACAUCACACACAGCAAUGCAGUAGAAGUGCUAAAGAGUCACACUCAUGUGAUGCUGACCAUUAAGGAGGCUGGCCGAUAUCCUGCUUACAAGGAGAUGGUGGCGGAGUACAGCUGGCUUAAUAAAUUGGCUAAUGGAGGCCAGCCCGCUUCCUCCCAGGGUUCAGACUCUUACUCUUCCACUUCCUCUCUCUCCUCCGGGACGCCGGUCAGCUCUCUCAGCGGCCUCUCGCAGGUCAUGUUCCCUCCUGUAUUCGGCUCAGAGAUGGUGGAUGUCUGUAUCUCCACCGAGGACCGCUCACGCCGGCCCAGCUCUGAACGGAUAGAGACCGCCAUGCAGACGGACCCACCGGAGCCCGAUGCCACAUCAAGAUCUAGUAGGGUCUUAACCACAGAAACCAGCCGAACGGUUGGCGAAACUGUCCUGUUAAAAGACACAGUAAUACGCAGUGGGACUGCCAAAACUCGGACAAGGACCUUCUCUGCUGGGGAUAAAGAGACUUUGGACUCUCCUAAAACGGCAGUCCUGAUGGCUCUCAGCAAGCCUCGCAAACCCAUCCGCCGAUCCCAGAGUCACAUCACUGUGUCAGAGGACAAGCAGAAGAAAAGGAAGCAUCAAAAGGACAAGGUAGAGACGGAGAGAAGCACCCUGCAGCGCUCCAAAACCUUUGUCAGCUUGCUCUUUAAAAGCGGACGCAGGCGGGAAAGGUCAUCCUCUAGAGACAGGAAGGACAAAGGGGCAGGGGACGGACACAGAGGAAGAUCCAAAUCCCCGAAACAUUUAGAUAACGAACCGGGUAAAGAGCGGGGUCGACCCAUAAUUAACCUGUUGAGUUCUCCCAGAGAGACUCGUGCUGGUAUGAGGGAGCACAGCCCCAUCCCCAGCCCGGAGACCAUGGCCAUGUUGGAGGAUAUGGCCCGCAAGCUGCUCAACGAGGAUGAGGUGGCGGCUGUCAUGAGACACUGUAAAAGGUUUUUAGUUGAGCGUGUGGUUGAGGAUCUGGUGCGCCCCCUGCUGGCCAUCUUGGACAAGCCUGAGAAGCUUCUGCUGCUGAGGGAGGUUAGUCAGCUCAAAUCUGCUGACUGGUUUGAGUUUUGGCACCUAGCAUCAACUUCUCCUGGCUAUUAUCGGGGUGGAUUCCACCUUCAGCCGGUACAGGAUCUGGAGAGAGAACGGCAGCUCAUCAAAGAUCUGGAACGGAUGCGUUUGGCAGGUUUACCGACUGGACGGCUUCCUCCUCCUCGAGCUUUCACACCACUCUUGGAUGUACCAGUGGACACUUACAUCACAGACUCGCUCCGUAAUCAUUCACUGAGUCCUGCUCGGCCCAGCUGGACACACUCAGAGUCUCCUCACGGCACGGAACGCAUCGGACGCUCCCCCCAGAGAAGAGACAACGGUGUCCUCAGGACAUCACACCAUGACUCUUUAUCCAGCAGGGGUGAUUCUAUCCCAGUGCGAGGGAGAUCCCCUUAUAGGAAUGGUCAUCGAAUGAAAACAGACAAAUCCCAGAAUGGUAAAGAGGUAAAGCAUACCGUAAUGAGUGCACACCGCCGGAGUAGGACACCAUUGACCCAGGUUUUUGCGCCCAGCUCGGAUCAGGACUGGAAAGAACCAGUGAAUGGACAUUCAGACAGCCAAGAAACCCCACCAGAGCAGGAGUAUGAACUAACCACAGUUACUAUCUCUAAGACCAAACAGUCCCUUGGAAUAAGCAUCUCAGGUGGGAUUGAGUCAAAGGUGCAGCCAAUGGUGAAGAUAGAGAAGAUCUUUCCAGGAGGAGCAGCAUCUACUAGUAAUGUUCUGAAGGCUGGAUUCGAGCUGGUGUCAGUAGAUGGAGAGUCCCUCCAAGGUGUUACACAUCAGCAUGCGGUGGAUGCCAUUCGAAGGGCUUUCAGCAACAAGGCCAAAGACCCCAUGGAGUUUAUUGUCAAAGUUCCCAAGAACCCGACAAAAACUCUGAAAGCCAUAAAGUAGUAAAGGCCUCGAUAUACUUAUGGCAAAGUUCUCUUUCAUUCUUCACUUGAGUUAAAAGAAGUUUGAAAUACAUGAGCUGUGGUAAACUGUUUGUAACCAUCAUGAUGCCACCCACACUGCUGAGAGCAGCGAUUAGAUAUGUAAAUAUGUG